GGCGGCCCAAAAUAUGUUUUUUCAGAAAUCUCUAACUUUCUACGCGUUUAUUGCCACUUUUGUGAGGAUUUUAUUCAUGAUGUAUGGGGAAUGGCAAGACAGGACCAUGGUUGUCAAGUUCACUGAUGUUGAUUAUUAUGUGUUCACUGAUGCAGCAAGAUAUAUGGCAAAUGGCAGAUCGCCAUAUCUUCGGGCCACAUAUCGGUACACUCCACUUCUGGCUGCAGCCUUGCUACCCAACAUCUGGAUCACAAUGUUCUUUGGAAAGCUUCUAUUCAUCACAUGUGAUGUCGCCACUGGUGUUCUCAUCCACAGUCUGUGCCUCAAAAGAUUCUGUAGUGAAGAGACAGCUAUUUUCACUUCACUUAUAUGGUUGAUGAACCCCAUGCCAGUGACAGUUUCCAGUCGAGGAAAUGCAGAAUCCAUCCUUUCAUUAUUGGUGCUAUUGACGCUAGUGUUGCUGAUGAGUCGGAGGACAGUCCUAGCUGCCAUUGUCUAUGGAUUAUCUGUGCAUAUUAAGAUAUACCCAGUGACUUACGCUCUGCCAAUUUAUCUCUUUCUGAACACUGACUAUGACCAAAAAUGUACAAGAAGAGAUAUGACAUUAACAGGAUUUCUAAAGGAUCUCCUCCCAGGGAAGACACGUUUCCUGUUUAUUGGAAUAUCUGUGUCAACAUUCCUGGCUGUGACUGGAAUCUGCUACCACUUGUAUGGAUUCCAGUUCCUUCAAGAGACUUACCUCCACCAUGUGACCAGGCGAGACACCCGUCACAACUUCUCUGUCUAUUUCUACAUGCUGUACCUGACCGGUGAAAGCUCCUCUUCCCUUCUUCUCGGACUGAUGGCAUUCAUUCCACAAAUGGGGCUGCUAGUUAUCCUGUCCUUCAGAUAUUAUCAAGAUCUACCGUUCUGCUGUUUCCUGCACACUUUGAUAUUCGUCACAUUUAACAAAGUCUGCACUUCUCAGUACUUUUUGUGGUACCUGUGUUUGCUCCCUGUAGUCAUCCCAACAUUAGCCACUGGUGCGAAGAGUGCUAUUGCCAUGAUAGCAGCUUGGUUUCUGGCUCAGGCCUUAUGGUUGCUCCCAGCCUACUUUGUGGAAUUCAGGGGACAGGACACCUUCAUUUUCAUCUGGCUUGCAGGGCUUCUCUUCUUCACUGUCAACAUUGGGAUUACUGGACAACUUAUUCAAGACUACAGACAUUGUCCUGUGUUUGUUGAUGGGAAACUUCACCAGGAAAAAGUCGAGUUCUCAUAUCCUAAAAUUCUGUUUCCAUCGAAGAAAAAAGGACUGUGAUUCUGAUUUGACGCCAGCUCAUGCUCCCUGGCUUUGGAAUGUUCUAGCCACCUUAACAGGAAAUGUAAGGAUUUGCCAUAGAUUUCUUUUCCAUUCAUUUUGAUUGAUUGCAUGAAUAUGUAAAAGUAUGUAUAUGUGAUUAAUACAUGAAUAAAAACCAUUUAUUUUUUGGAAAAAAACA